UCUCCCGCCCCUAAUCCUCUCUUCUUCCUUUCAUCCUCUUUCCGCCAUCCACUCCUCAUUUCGUUCAUCCGAUGCUCAUGACCGACACGCCAGUAGGGCCGCUUCUGAAAACUGUUUUUGGAUCUAUCCUCGAGGUAUUCCUGCAAUGUCUGGCUGGUUAUAUUCUGGCGACGAGAGGUGUAUUGGAUAAGAAGACACAAAAGCAACUAAAUCGCAUAAAUGUCUCAUUAUUCACGCCGUGCCUCUUGUUCUCGAAAGUAGCGUUCUUCUUGUCACCAGCAAAGCUGCGGGAGCUAUGGAUCAUACCCAUCUUCUUCGUCGUCACAACCGUUGCUUCCAUGAUCGUUGCCUAUGUUCUUAGCUUGAUGUUCAGGCUGAAGAAGUCGCAGAGGAGCUUCGCAAUUGCUGCAUCGAUGUUCAUGAACUCCAACUCAUUGCCCAUCGCGCUCAUGCAGAGCUUGGUCAUCACUGUGCCGGGAUUGAAGUGGGGAGCAGAUGACAACAUCGAUGCUAUGGUCGGUAGAGCCCUCACCUAUCUAGUGCUCUAUUCGACACUUGGCAUGGUGCUGCGAUGGAGUUAUGGUGUUCGACUGCUGUCCAAUGCCGACCCCGACGGCUCGGAUCAUGAGCCAUGUAGCUCCCCGCUGAUCGAAGCAGCGGAGACCGCCCUCUCAAAUCCGCAAGAAGAGCAGACGCUGCGUUAUGAAACGUCAUCAUUGUCAUUGCAGUCUGACGACACCAGGACGGGAGACGCCGAGGGCACCGACCACUCCAAGUCCCAACCUAACUCGCGUGCUCCUUCGCCUCCACCACAUCUACAUGAUAUCAUGUCCAAUGCGCCGUCGCUGUUCAACGAUGCCGAAGACAUGAACGCUGAAGAGAUCGAGUUCAUCACACGUCGCGAGAUCACCGAGCCGACAUCCUCGGCGUGGCAAUCACGCAUGCGGCGCAUGCGAAACCGCAUGGGCAGGUGGUGGUUUACCUUCUACGAGUUCAUGACCGCCCCGCUCUGGGCGGCACUUGCGUCACUCAUCGUCGCGUCCAUACAGCCGUUGCAGCACAUCCUUGAGAAGCACGUGCAGCCCGUCAAGGGCGCGUUGACCGCUGCGGGCAACUGCUCCAUCCCGCUCACACUGGUCGUGCUCGGCGCAUAUUUCUACACCCCAUCAGAGAUCGAGACGCGGCUGCCGUCGCAUCACAGGCCGGUGUCGGAUGGGCCGACGACGCGCAGCCCGAGUACCGCGUCUCGGUUGUCCCUGUUUGAGAAUGUGAAGGAGAUUUUCAGCAUGAGGCGUCGCGAUAAGGGCGCGAUGCGUCAGAAGAGGAAGGUGCACAAGCGGCCUGGAGAGACGAAGACGGUGUUGGUCGCAGUCGUCUCGAGGAUGAUCGUUACGCCGCUGUUGCUGUUGCCGCUGAUGGCGAUGUCGACGAAGCUUGACCUACAGGAGGUGUUUGAUGACCCGGUCUUUGUCGUGUCGAACGUGCUGUUGAUCGCAUCUCCGCCAGCGUUGACCCUCGCGCAGAUCACGCAGGCAGCGUCCGGCGACGCGUUCGAGAGGUUGAUCAGCCGGACGGUGUUUUGGUCAUACUGUGUCGUAACCCCUCCGUCCACGAUCAUCUUUAUCGUCAUCGGUUUACUUUUCGCGAAGUUGUGAUCAUCUUAGUCCAUACACAUAUAUCUUCAUCUUUGAAAGCUCUUACGCUGUAUAUUUAUUGGUUCCCCACCCCCGUUUUUUGGUGUGGCUGCGCACAGGUCGCAGUAGGCUUGCUGGUGAUACAUAGAGAGAACUCGCUCGGCCGAGACAGCGUGUCCCGGGUUAAAGUUUGGGUUAUGGUGGAGUAGAUGCGAUAGACUCUGUACUGUACUGUACCGACAUGUUUCGUGUAAUGUAUGCUAUAUCCGCAACACAGCAUACUUCAAGGUUCAAUGUACAACCUUAUUUGAAACGUGA